AUGUCUCACAGUGCACUUAUCGUUUCGGACGUGGAUAUUCUGGCCGAUGUGACCGUCAACUCGAGACACAUUGAGAUAUUUUCACUGGAUUAUGACCUAUCAGCAGCGCUUUCAGCAUUAGAUAUCCGAAGCCCGCUUCAAAAUAUGACGUCGUCUUUUAUGCCAUGGCACAUGCCUCGCACAUACCUCGAGGGUCCUCUACGUCCUGCUACCCUGAAGCCCAGUCAUUAUAGACACCAGCAGCCACAUGAUGAACCCACCUAUGGGAAGGGUACCCUAUCCUCCCGGAUAACCGGGAGCCACCGGGUUCACCUGCCUCAGAAACCACCUUCUGCACAUGCCAUUGCAGCCCAGGACAAAGAGCUCCCUCAGCUCCCUAUCAACCUCGAUGCCUCAGAGCAAGACAAGAUCUUGCACAAAGUCAAUGACCGCCUAUCCCAGUGUGCGUAUGACUUCAUCCCGAAGUACCAGUUCCCCGUUCCCAUCGAGCAAGACAAGAGACCCGUCAAGGUCCCCUCGGACCGCGAGUGGACCGAAUGGGUUCACCUUCUGAAGCGACUGGCGACUACACGGCGCAUCCCUGCCCGCCUCUUAUAUAACGGCCAAAUCAAGCAGCUCAUCACUGUCCUAGAAAACUCUGGAAAUGUGCCCUGCUGCCAAGCACCAGACCAGCUCAUUUCCGCGGCAAUCCAGGCGGCCAAGACCCUCAAGAAUUCCAGCACCAUGCAGUUCCUCGAUUGUGUUUAUAUUGACACCGAGAAGCUAAUACUGGAUCGACAUGGCCGUCGGGUGAGAUUCGCCAGCACUUGA